GCAGUAGAGGGGGAGGCACACUAAGCCUCAUUGCUGCUGAACAGGGAGCUCAGCCGACUCUAGGAGAGGGACAGUGGGAUAUGACAUCCGCCACAAUCCGCUCCCAUCCUCAGCCGCCCUCGGCUCAGCGAGCCUGACAAACAGCGGAUCAGAAACAGCAUCGAACCAGCUGUCGGACAAGCCAAGUAUCGGUUGACAAGGAGCAUGGAUCUGCGAGUGGGAAGUAAGUACCGGCUCGGCCGCAAGAUCGGCAGUGGCUCUUUUGGGGACAUUUACCUCGGUUCUAACAUCGCCACGGGGGAGGAGGUGGCCAUCAAACUAGAGUGUGUGAAGACCAAACACCCACAGCUACACAUCGAGAGCAAGUUCUACAAGAUGAUGCAGGGAGGAGUGGGAAUCCCCUCUAUAAAGUGGUGUGGAGCUGAGGGAGAUUAUAAUGUGAUGGUGAUGGAGUUGCUGGGUCCCAGUCUGGAGGAUCUCUUCAACUUCUGCUCCAGAAAGUUCAGCCUGAAGACUGUCCUGCUGCUCGCUGACCAGAUGAUCAGCAGAAUAGAGUACAUCCACUCCAAAAACUUCAUCCACCGGGACGUGAAGCCUGAUAAUUUUUUAAUGGGCCUGGGAAAGAAGGGCAAUCUUGUUUACAUCAUCGACUUUGGCUUGGCGAAAAAAUACAGAGACGCCCGCACGCACCAGCACAUCCCCUACCGUGAGAACAAGAACCUGACUGGCACGGCCCGCUACGCCUCCAUCAACACGCACUUGGGAAUAGAGCAGUCUCGGCGGGAUGAUUUGGAGUCUCUGGGCUACGUGCUGAUGUAUUUUAACCUGGGCUCAUUGCCCUGGCAGGGUCUGAAGGCUGCCACCAAGAGGCAGAAGUAUGAACGCAUCAGUGAGAAGAAAAUGUCCACACCUAUCGAGGUGUUGUGUAAGGGCUACCCCUCUGAGUUCUCCACAUAUUUGAAUUUCUGCCGUUCGUUGCGUUUUGAUGAUAAGCCGGACUACUCUUACCUGCGGCAGCUUUUCCGGAACCUCUUCCACCGUCAAGGUUUCUCCUACGACUACGUGUUCGACUGGAACAUGCUCAAAUUUGGAGCAAGUCGGGCGGUGGAUGAGGGUGAUCGGGAGCGGAGGGGUGAAGAGAGAGAAGGCGGAGGGGUGCGGGGGUCAGGGGUCAGAGGUCAUGCUCCCCCUGGACCGAACCGAGUCAGAAAUGGGCCCGAACAGCCAUCCUCCAACCCUGCCUCCCGCAUACAGCAAUCAGGUAACACAUCACCACGGGCAAUCUCCAGAGGAGAGCGGGACAGGAAGGUGAGCAUGAGACUGCACCGAGGAGCCAACGUCUCAUCAUCACAGGUUAGCAUGCCAUAUGAGCACCUUGGAAAGUGAGCUGUCCAACCACACACACAAUGACAGGGCUGCAAAACUCACUCACCUUCUUCAGAUAUUCUCAGAGGUUUCUUUUGUUUCAUUUUUUAAAACAUAUUGCCAAUGAACCUGAAAGUUUGGUUGGAGAAAAGUGUGGUGGGAGAUGAACUGUGUAACACUCACCUCACCGCUAUCCUCAAGGCUGAAGACUCCACUUCUUUACCCCAUUGUUUCUGCCAACACCUCACUUUUCACCCAUCAUCCCUCACUCCUAAACCAUGCUUGUAUUAUGAAGGCUCAGAGAGAAGCUGAACGUUGCUUUUAGUUGGGGUUUUGUAUGUAAGGAUACGACAUUUGAGGUGGUUUUGUUAUCAAGAAUGAUGAUUAUACACUCCUGUUUAGAAUCUCUGUGUGUGCAAACGUCUUAGACAGUAAUGAAAUGAAUCUGAGUGAGAAAGGCAAAAAGGGUUUGGAAGGUCUAAUGUUAGUAUAGGGCUGCAAAAUAUGUCGUUCUUUGAUUGUUUUGGCCUUUGCAGUACUGAAGGCUGCAAUGUGGAUAUGAGCCUGUAACCAAUCACAGUCUUUUAACUGUGCUGUGAGUAUCCUGACCAAUCGCAGUUCCAGUUGAGUUUCUGUGGGUGCUUUGAUGAAUCAAGGUAUUCAUGUAGUCCAACAAAAGUAAAAGUGUUUUGAGUGGAAUAAUUCAGGCCAAUCUUAAUCAAGCCACAUUCUUGACUCACAAAUAUGGUUUUAGUAUAUUGCAAGGCAUAUCACAUUUGCAAUAUGUUGCAAUAUGAAAAAAAAAAAUAGCUGUAUAUGGUGUUUCGUCCGUAGUGUGCAGUCUUAAGUCAGACUGCUGCAGCUUUGAAGCUGGUAUAGAGGAACUUUAAAGGAAAAUACCAGUGAUUCUUCAGAUUUUCUGCAUUCAGUUGUUGAGUUGUUGAAAUGGUGCAUUGUAGAGAAACUUACCGAAUCUGACAGUGGUGGGACAGGAACCAGGGGUUGCAAUGUCUACACUACAAGUAGAACUAUUUUAUUUACUUUACAAAACAACUAGUGACCGUAUUCUGUUUUUUAUGUGUAAUAUUGAUAACGGUAAAUCUAAAAGGGAAAAAAAGUGGUACAUCUGAAAAAUAGUUAUGUAGGGCCUUAUUAGGCCUUAUAGUAUUUGGCCUUACAAUACCCUGCAUGUACCCCUUCGCCAUAAGCUUAUUUAAAAAAAAAUGUUUUAGACCAAAAUCUUCUCAAAACUAUUAAACAAACAACGUCUCUGAUUCAGGCAUCAGGUGGCGUAUUCGUAACUGUUUUACAUAACUAGCUUUUGGAGGCAUUAAACUCUUCAGACGUCUGGUUCCUCUUACCACCACUGUGAACAUUUCCAAGUUGGUAAAUUUUUCUAGAUUGGAGCAUUUCACAUCACAGACCACUCUGAAUGACUUUACAUCUUAACCACUUAAUUAUGCAUGAAUAUUUAGGAAUCGGUGAAACGAACAUCUGAAAGGAAAGAAGGAUUGUAAGUGAAGAGUAGAUGGAAAAUGUCUUAUAUGUAAGAAAGGUGGUGACCAGUCUUGGAGUCAAUGUCUUAAUCAAUUUGUGCUGUUUGCUCUGUUAUGGUAGUGAUUUGGAAGGAAGAAGCUAACAUUAAAGCCAGAAAACUUGAAAAGCAGAAAUGAGAGAGAAAUAGAGGAAGAAAUGUAGAACUCUUUCAUUCCCCUUUUCACUUUUCUUCCCUCCUCCUCCUUCCAAAGAUCUGUUUUUUUGUUGACUGUCCUGGUCUGCGUGGGUCUUUGCCUGACUUUACAGUGAUUUUACGUUCAACGUGCCACGUUGCUACAUCACCCUUUUAUGACAUCACUGUCCUGGUCACAUGACCAGCCAGCAUUCUUCACAACAGCUGAUGAUUUUAUGAUCAUAUUUUUUUUUUUUUUUGCGACGUUUUUCAUAUUGGAUAUCUGGUGGGAAGGGAGUGGGGCUAUUUAAAAAUGGGCAGGGCAUAAGAUUUCACUUUUUUCACUUUUUUUUUUUUUAACCUUCACUGUAAAUAUUUUUUAAUUUUGGAUUCCUGUGUAAAGCCAAAUUGUUGUCAGGUAUUUAAGAUGUAAUGUUGAAAAGAUGCAAACAAAACUGAGGGGGUUAAAAAAAAACAAAAUAAUACUGAUACUAAACUACGGGAGGGCGGAGA